AAAGUUAAUUCUAGGUUCAUCUAGAUUAUUCCCAAGCCAUAUCAAUGGUAACCUAGUCAACAAAAGGCACUUCCUGGCCCAAAGGCCAUAAAGUGAAACAAUAGCCCGCCAUCUGAUUUUUCCUCAACCACCAUUUCGUGGCCGUGCCCAAACUUCCACACUGCAACUGUUGUAAAGCAAGCACUCAUCAAUGGCUUCCUCCCAGGUUCCAACAAAGUUGGAUUACUACGAUGACAUGCAGAAGCUCGAAUCCAAAGCCAGAGUCCUCUCCUUCAUCAAGGGCGACGAUGGAAAAGAGACGCUGAUAUUGGACGCCACAGUCUUCUAUCCGCAAGGUGGCGGCCAGCCGGCGGACACAGGUUUCAUCACCGCCGCGGGCGUUGACUCCGCGACGACGACCUUCAAGUUCACUGUGCAAGAUGUUCGCUCCAAGGAUGGAAUCGUUUAUCACUACGGAGUUACAGAGGGCUGUUCUGGGGAAGAUCCGAAGAAGGAAAUCAAGGGAGGCACUGAGGUCUUCUUACGUGUUGAUGAAAGUAGGCGGAAGCUCAACUCAAGGCUGCAUUCAGCUGGACAUUUGUUGGAUGCUUGUCUGCCAAAUGUGGGGUUGGGGCAUCUCAAGCCAGGAAAAGCUUACCAUUUCCCUGAUGGGCCAUGGGUUGAAUAUAAAGGCACAGUUCUACAGAAUGAACUGCAGACAAAGCAGAAGGAGAUAGAGAUUGAAGCUAAUGGAUUGAUAUCUAAAGGAGGCAAAAUAAUUGCUGCUGAGAUGUCAUAUGAUGAAGCCUGUGAAUGGUGUGGAGGUUCCCUUCCUGAUUACAUUCCAAAGGUUGUAAAUGAAUCAGCCAAUUAAAAACCAGAAUUCAACAGUACAAGUAGGAUUGUGAUGGUUAGGCACUUAAAGUAGAGUCGUGAUGGGUCACGAGUCAAUACAGAUUGGGUAUUAUUAGGUAGUGAUCAGAUCAACACAGGGCAAUCUCACUUUCGAUGGGUUGUGUUGGCAGGGCAAUAGCUGGUUGUUCACAUUUGGUUCAUUUCGGCUCAGUAGUUAUGUUUGAUCUGUUUGCAGGGCAGCAAUCCUCGCAUUGUGAAGUUAGGGGACAACCCUGGAUGCCCUUGUGGUGGUACCCAUGUUCCUGAUAUCUCAGACAUCAGAAGUUUGAAGGUUUCUCAGAUUCGUACCAAGAAAGGUGUCACCAAAGUGUCCUACACCGUUGAAGCUUGAUUCAUUCUGUUCCAAAAGGCUUCCUCAUCAUCUUUGACAUUGAGAUGGCCAUACUUAGCUAAGACUAUAGAUAUAGAUAUGGCAGCUUUGAUUGAUCCUUGUUGAUCGAGGAUUAGGCUCCACUUCAGGGCGAGUAAUGUAACCGAGUGUUAGAUAACAUACCAUGAAACCAUCCUGUGGCUGUUUAAUGGUUAUAGUGGUUAUAUACAUUCAUAGUUUAUGAUGUGAUGAUCACCAUUGAGUAAAUAUAGCUCGCAUCGGUAUCUUAUAAAUCCAUGCGAAUUAGGCAUACUAUUUUCCUCUUGUCCAUGGUUCUGAUGAAGUUUUUCCCUUUGAAUGAUGUUAAUUGCAGACUAAAUUCAGAAACUGCUGUCAUUCCGAACAA